UGGCGGUUCUGUCACAGAGAGCACGUCCGUCCGCCGGCGAGGAGUUCUUAGCUUGGCUCCUCUUGCACACGUACAGCUGCUGCCAUGGAGGUGGACGGGGCGCCGGACCUGACCGAUUUCAUGAGCGACUGGUUCUUCGGCAUGGUCGGCGCACGGCACAGCGACGGCGGGUACGACCUGACCGGCGAGAGCAGCAAGAGGCCAGCAUCGCCGGCGGGGAAGAAUAAGCAGGGGAAGAGCGGCGGCGGGAGCGCUAGCAAGCAGACGCAGGAUUGGCUGGAGGAGGCGAAGAGGAUGGUCGGGGCCGGAUCGCCGGGGCGGAUGGGCUCGCCGUCCAGGCAGGUGCCCCGGUUCGCCGGCGGGUCCGGGACGACGGAGCCCUCGCCGACGCUCGACCGCCGGGACCCGAUGUCGCGGUCCGCCAGAAGGAACUGGCAGCCGGGCGGUAUCGGCGACGAGAUCCUGCAGCGGGCGUCCCUUUCGUCCCCUCCGCGCUCCGAUCCCUUCGCCUCCUCCGCGCCGCCCUCCCCGACUCCCUCCCUGCCCCCAAACCCGCAGUUGUCACGACGCAAGUCCCGCUUCCGCGACGGCCCUACCCCCGAAUCCCCCCACCGGCGCACCACCUCCACAUCCACCUCGCCCACCUCCGCGGCGCACUCCCGCCACCGCCGCCGCGCCUCCGCAUCUUCUGCCCCAGCAUUCGCCGCCGAUGGCUUCGACAACGGUGUCGCCCGCCUUAACUCCUUCCUCCACCGUCAGCGCGCCGUGAUCGACGAUCUAGCCACAGGGAACCUCCCCGCGUCCAGGCCCACCAAGCUCGUGCUCUCCGACACCUCCAAAAGUGUGAGCUCGAUUGUGGCGGCGCUAUGCUACGCGUGGAUGCUGUCGAGCAAGGGGGGUGGCCAGGCAGCAGUGCCGGUGGUGAACAUGCGUCGAAGCAGGAUGGCGAGGUGUAGGCAGGCGGCUUGGCUCCUCUACCACGUCGGGAUCGACGCCUCAGUGCUUCUCUUCGCUGACGAGGUACGCCCCACGGGUCGGAACGCCGACAAUAUGGAUGGACUAAUAAUGAACCAGCAAGUUAGCUUGCUUGUGGUGGGGCAGGAUGUUCUUAAAUCAAAAGCUGAGGUGAGCUCGGUUUGCACAAUCCUGACCAGUACCUAUUGUGAAGAUGCUUAUAGCCUGCUUCAGAGCUUGGACAUAAAGAAAUUUCUGCUUGCAGGUAUCCUAUUAGAUACGAGCAACCUUUCCAAGAAGUGCACAAACAGAGAUUCAGAGGCUGUUUGUCGGGUGCCACAAUUAGGGACACCCUAAUUGGGGUACUAUGAUCGCUUUAAAAAACACAAACACCUGUUAAAGCAACUGGGCCCACAAAGGCCCACGGCCUGCUUCCUAUUCGAAAGAAA